UCCCUGUGUGCAAUUGCGUGACAUCAACAUCUCUGAGAUGUUCAAUUUAGAUCUCAAAUUAGACAUCACAUUCUGACAUCCAUUUUUCAUCACAUAGAUUAAACUAAUAUUAGGUUACCGUACGAACUUCCAUAAGUAGGCCCAUUUUAAUUGACUAUGUGAGGUUGUAAUAUUAACUACUAUGCGAUGUUUUGAAAAGCUUAUCGAAUUAACCAUACACAAUAGAAUAUUUAUUCACCCAAUAAGCAUCGAGUGUCUUUUGGGACGACACAUAUAGCUCGCAUGGUCAUCUCAAUGUUGACAACAAAUUUAUUAAUAUAAUAAUAGUAAUAAUAUCAAUAAUAAUAUAUUAUUUCUAAAAAUAGAAAAAUAACCCAAAUAUAGUUGAUAAAAACUGUAAUAAUAACGAUUAUGUGAUAAACCAAAUUUGUUGGUUAUCCUUGUCCAUAAUUUUCUGUCAGUUGACGGUUGUAAAUGUAUGCGCGUUCGUGUUGUUUUAUUGCUUAAUUUUACACUAUUUUACUAUUUUAGUAUAUAAACAAUUUUAAGAAGAACAAAAAAUAUGGACGGAACAAAAAAACAGUGGGUCAUUGGAUAUUUUAAAGAAGAGCAUAAAUAUUCUGUAAUUCCAAAUGAAUGGCUAGUUAAUACAGUAUUAAACGGUGUCACUAGUUAUUUUUGUAAAUGGCCCCCACACAGAGUAACGACAAUGAUGCUAAUGAAGGGUGGUAAAACAUCCGAAAAAUGGAAAAAAUACCCAGUUAGAAUAAUAGGAACAUUUGAUUCCUAUGAAACUGCCGCAGCAAAAGAAAUCCAAAUAUAUAUGUCUGAAUCAGAAAACGAUGAAGACAUUUUGAGGCGAGGGAAAAGGUUAAAGGUUGAUAAUAAAAAAAAUACUCAAUCGUUGGAUUUUAAUAAUGACAGUAGCAACUCAAGCCAAGAAGAAUUUGUUCCUAUGGGUGUUUAUAAAAAUUCAGUUUCUGUUAAUGGUGAAACAUCAAAUUCUAUUAUGUCUUGUAGUAAUUAUAAUAACAUUAUAUCGAGUAAGAUAAUAUUUAUAGAUUUGGUAAAUAGUAAUUAGUAUUAACGGUAUAAAUACAACAUAAUUAUAUGAUUUUUCACCUAAAAGUAACUAAAAUCAGGAUAGCAUAAAUUUUUGUUUAUUUUUAUUUUAGCUGAUUAUAAAGCAUUAUGUGGUGCUGUUGAAUCUUCAUUAAAUUGUACUUCGUUGCUAAGUGAAAAUCAUUUUGACAAUACCACUGCUACCAUUCAAGAUAUAACACCAUCUACAAUGCAGUUGAUUGGUGAUAAUUUUGAAAAUGACACUGCUGCGAGUCAAAAUAUAAGUAUAUCUACACUGCAGCUGAUUGGCGAUAAUUUUGAAAAUGACAUUGCUGCGAGUCAAAAUAUAAGUACAUCUACACUGCAGCUGAUCGGCGAUAAUUUUGAUAAUGACACUGCUGCGAGUCAAAAUGUAUUAAUACCUACUACACCCCACUUACCCACUUGUAGUGAAUUUUGUAAUGCUACAAAUAUAUACCUAAAUAGAUUAGACAAAAAGUUGGAUCUUAUUUUAGAACGUUUGAACUAUAGUUCAAACAGUGCACGUAUUCCAAUAGACUCUGAUUUUUUGAAUAAUUUUCCAAUGAAAGAUAUUAAUAGUUUAAAAGAAAUAGAAGAAAACAUUAAGAGUGAAGAUUAUAAAACUAAAAUGAAAAAUUUGAUAUCUUCAAUUGGCGGUACAAGUAUUAAAAAUUUUAUAAAGAGAGUACUUGGUCGAUUAUUCAGUAACCAGUUAGCAUCGGAAUGUUCUUGGUCUGGAUUUAAAAAUAAUUUCAGACUUGAUAAUCUGGCACUUAUAAUGCUUGUUAAAGAAAUAGCUUAUGAACAUUUUAAAAUGGAUGAUAGCAGUUUUGAAAAUAUCAUCAAAGAUUGGUUUAGACACGGGAGUCAACGUUUAGCCCGUGAAGACAAAAGAUUAUAAAAUACCAUAGUAUUAUCCUU